AUGAACCCCGCCAACCCCGCAGCGACCUUGGACUCGUUACCCAACGAGGUAUUUAUCCAAAUUCUGUCCGACUUCUCAACCCGAGCACUUCUCCCGCUCACGUCAGUCAACCACCGAUUCCACGCUUUAGUUCUAAGAAUCCUCCACUACCGCCUACUUCUCACCAUACCUCUCAAGGAAUACAAAUUAUUAUUGGAAUGCUUUCACCCUAUCUCAAAGCUCACCGAGCCACACGUCUUCUGCAAAUACCUUGGAACAGAUGGCCUAAGUGAGCGUCAUGAUGGCGCGGGUUCGUUGUAUGAAAACGUCGAUACCGCCCACCAGCUUGGUAGAGUAACGGGGCUAUAUUCGCGCUUCCGUCCAGAAGUAAGCAACGAAGAAGAAGAAGAAGAAGAAGAAGAAGAACGGGGGGAAUAUAGCUCCAAGUUCGGUCUCUCGCCAGGUAGGAUGCUUCUGUUGUCAGAGGUGGUGGGGUUCAUACAGGCUGACAUGAAUGCGGGCCAACAAGGCAAGAAAGAAUAUGCAGUAAUACGUGAGGUUACUUUGGACGGAUAUGAGGAUUUCUCACAGUUAUGUGUGGUGGCCAAUUUAGUACAAGUUAAGCCGGGAACGUUGUUGCUGUUGAGUGCAUCGACUAUCGAGGAUGGGUUUGUUCGGUUAUGGAGGGAGUGGUUGCGCGACCAAAGUGGGGAGAUGAAAAGGACUACAGAGACUGACUGGGAAGGGGGUUCUGAAAAGGCGCAGAUGUCUUCCGGUGACGAUAUACUGUGGGUGGAUACGAGCAAAACCGUUGGGGUAAAAUUGCGCGUGCGGCCAAAGGCGUGGAACCCGUCUUUCCCAGUACUCGUACAUCAAGAUGAUCGGGAUGAUAACUCUUGGGUUGGGUAUGAGGUGAUUUUGCAAGGUCAGUCAUUGCUCCUGUGGAGAGGAUUCCGUGUUGACUGGAUAGAACUUCAUAUCCGCUCCACGCGUUUACUGCUAGCUGUCGAGCAGUCAAAGGAGGAGCAGAAAAUCCAUCAAACAAAUGCAAUAGUGAUCGGGGGUGCUCCAGUCUCAGUAUCUUGA